AUGACGACCAGGGGAAGCAAAAGGCCACGCCUCGAAGCGGAAGCUCCCGGAAGCUCAGGAGGGCCUUUAACAGCCACUGCGGAGCAGGUUAGCGAUCUGCGCCUGGAGUUUGGAGAGAAUGGUGAGGACUCCAUGCCGGCUAACUCUGCUUUGCUUCGGAUGGCAUCUCCAGUUUUCAACCGCAUGUUCACGAGUGGCAUGAGGGAAGCGCAACAAGGCGUCAUCAAAGUGGAAGUGGCCAGCAAGGAGGAGUUCGAAGUGUUCUACGAGUUUUUGCUACCUAUGGCAUGGGGCGCGCAAGUAACCGUGAACAAUGUGGAUUCGCUUCUUGCAAUCAGCGACUACUACCAGGUUGAGAUCAUCAAACAGGGAUGCGAGAAGUGUCUGCUUCUCUGUGCGCCCACUGCCCGUCGCCUUCUGCAAGCGCACAAGCACGGCCUCACAAGGCAGUACGAAAGGUGCAUCGGUUUCCUGGCCAAGAACAGUACGAAGGCGGACUUGGAGCUACUCCGGUCGCAGCCGGACAUCUUGUUUGAUUUAACCCUCCGGAAGCAAGUGAUUCUGAAGCGGCUCAGGGCGAUGAAAGGCGAAAUCGUCAGGCACCAGGCUGCAGUGGAACCCAAAAAUCCAAUUUUUGAAGAUGCGGACUUUGCCAAUGGGCGUAAGUUUUCGAAGUGGGAAUACCAACGAAUAUCUGUACUUUUGAGAGCCCGGCCGGGAUUGAGAGUUUUCUUAAGAAAGCUGCUCCAGGAAUUAGAGUGA